AGACAGACAACAUGCUGCCUGCGGUCGUGAAGCUCUGCUGUGGAAUAUCCUACCCACAUCUCAGGAGCAUGACAGGGCUUCAGCGCACAGCUGUAGCAGUGAUAGGCCAGGAGAUCUCACACAUGAAGCCUUGGACGCACAUCCAACAUCACUUGGGGAAACUUGCUGAGCCCAAAACAGAAGUGGCGGUGAGUGAAGAUCACCUGUUUUACAUACAACAAGGCAAAGAUGCACUCAGGAAGGCGGUAAACAUGUUGGAGGACAGAGAAGGAUGGAGGGUUGAGAUCAAAGAGAGCAAUGGCGACGUCAUUUGCAGUAAAGUGAUACCGGGGGCCGGGAAGGUCUUCAGGCUCGAGGCAGUUUUGGAAGCCAGCGUGGAUGAUCUCUAUGACCUCCUGUUUAUCAGAGUUGAAGACAUGCACAAGUGGAACCCAAGCGUGCAGCAUAUCAAAGUUCUAAAACGAGCCGGACCUGAAACAAUCGUGACUCAUGAGGUUUCAGCUGAGACAACAGGGAAUCUGAUUGGCCAAAGGGAUUUCCUGAGCGUCAGACACAGCUGCAAACAAAAAUCCUGUGUUUAUCUCGGAGGAGCAGCAAUUCAGCUGGAGUCAUUCCCGCCUCAGCCUAGAUUUGUGAGAGCUGAGGAUGGACCAACCUGCAUCGUUAUUAAAGCACUGGAUGAGGACACAACAAAAUGUAGCUUUACAUGGCUCCUUAACAUGGAUGUAAAGGGGUGGCUACCGAAGUCCAUUGUCAAUCAGGGUUUGCCUCGAGCGCAGCUGGAUUUCACAAAACACCUCCGAAAACAUCUCAGCCUAAGAUGACUGAGUCUUCAUGACUGUACGACUGCAGCAGCACCUUGUCCUUGUUAAAAUAAAGUUUGGCAUAGUGACAGAAUGACUGUAUGGCAAACUGCUACCUUGUUGAACAGAAAUGCUGCCUGGAGGAAAUGAGCAGUUUGACGAAGAGCUAAC